AUGUCGCCCUUCAACAGGGCACCAGCUCGCUUUUAUGCAAUCGUAACAAGCGAUUUCAGUGGGAAAAAAGUACCCAUAUCCAAUUUUGAGCGAGAUAGAAGUAUCAAUUACAAGAGGAUUGAGGAUAACUUGGCAGUUAUUAAGGAACGCCUCAAGCGCCCACUUACUCUCUCAGAAAAGAUAGUAUACGGUCACUUGGAUGAUCCCGUAAAUCAAGACAUAGUUCGUGGCACCUCUUAUCUCCGCUUGCGUCCUGAUCGUGUCGCAUUGCAAGAUGCUACGGCUCAGAUGGCACUUUUGCAGUUUAUUUCUGCUGGACUUUCGUCCGUUGCUGUUCCGACAACUGUUCACUGUGAUCACUUGAUAGAAGCUCAGAUUGGUGGAGAGCAAGAUCUUGCGCGCGCCAAGGAAUUGAAUCAAGAGGUAUAUAAUUUCCUUGCUAGUACUUCAGCAAAGUACAACAUUGGAUUCUGGAAGCCUGGGAGCGGGAUCAUUCACCAGAUUAUUUUGGAGAAUUAUGCAUUCCCUGGAGGUUUGAUGAUUGGAACUGACUCGCAUACUCCAAAUGCUGGUGGUUUGGGAAUGGUUGCUGUUGGAGUCGGUGGAGCAGAUGCCGUGGAUGUGAUGGCUGAUAUUCCGUGGGAAUUGAAAUGUCCAAAUGUUAUUGGAGUCAAGUUAACCGGAAGCAUUCAGGGUUGGACUGCGCCAAAAGGUAUGGUAUCGGUACAACUGACAGUAGGAUGGAGGGAUUCUGUCUACGCGGGGAAUGAUGUGAUUCUUAAAGUAGCUGGUAUUCUGACCGUCAAGGGUGGCACAGGGGCAAUAAUUGAGUACUUUGGUCCGGGUGUUGAGUCUCUUUCUUGCACUGGCAUGGCUACGAUCUGCAACAUGGGUGCGGAGAUUGGUGCAACCACAUCGUUAUUCCCAUUUAACCGACGUAUGAGUGGCUACCUCAGUGCUACUCGUCGUGAUGAAAGCGCCGCAGCAUCUGAAGCCUUUGCUCACAACCUUCGUGCUGAUGAGGGUGCUGAAUAUGAUCAAGUCAUUGAGAUCAAUCUAUCGGAACUUGAACCGCACAUUAAUGGACCGUUUACCCCUGAUCUUGCUACGCCAUUGAGUAAAUUCAAGACCGCAGUUGUCGAGAAUAAUUGGCCAGCAGAAUUGAAAGUCGGUUUGAUUGGUUCGUGCACUAAUUCGUCUUAUGAGGAUAUGAGUCGUGCUGCAUCGAUAGCAAAGCAGGGAAUUGAGCAUGGCAUCAAAACCAAAUCAUUGUUUACUGUUACACCUGGAUCUGAACAAAUACGUGCAACCAUUUCUCGUGAUGGACAGGAAGAGGUUUUGAAAGAUGCUGGUGGUGUUGUUCUUGCCAAUGCUUGUGGGCCAUGCAUCGGACAAUGGGAUCGCAAAGACGUUAAGAAAGGAGAAAAGAAUUCGAUUAUCACUUCGUACAAUCGUAAUUUCACCGGACGUAACGAUGCCAACCCAGCUACUCACGCUUUUGUCGCCUCUCCUGAAAUUGUGACUGCAAUGGCGUUUGCCGGCGAUCUCCGUUUUAACCCUAUAACGGAUACCCUUAAUGAUGCUAAUGGUAAACCGUUCAAAUUUAGUGAUCCAAAUGGGUUUGAACUUCCUCCUAAAGGAUAUGAUCCUGGUCAGGAUACUUAUCAAGCCCCGCCAGAGAGUAGAAUGUCUAUACAAAUCGCGGUUGAUCCAAAUAGCCAGAGAUUGCAGUUGCUUCAACCUUUUGCAAAGUGGGAUGGUAAAGAUGCGGAAAAGUUACCUAUUCUGAUUAAAGUGAAAGGGAAAUGUACUACUGACCAUAUAUCGAUGGCCGGGCCAUGGCUUAAGUACAGAGGACAUCUGGACAAUAUCUCAAAUAACAUGUUGAUUGGUGCGGUUAACGCUGAGAAUGAUGCCGUAAAUUCUGUCAAGAAUGUUCUAACUGGAAAAUAUGAAGCUGUGCCCGAUGUCGCUCGUCAGUACAAGGCGAAAGGUAAGAAUUGGGUAGUAAUUGGAGAUGAGAACUAUGGUGAGGGAUCCUCUCGAGAACAUGCAGCGCUUGAAGUACGUCACUUGGGAGGCACUGCAGUCGUUGUCAAAUCGUUUGCACGUAUCCACGAGACUAAUCUCAAGAAACAAGGCCUUCUUCCUCUCACAUUUGCUGAUCCGUCUGAUUACGACAAAAUUAACCCUUUCGAUACUGUCUCGAUCAUCGGCCUAACGACCCUUGCACCCGGUAAGCCACUUACACUUCAAGUAAAUAAAGCCGAUGGAUCUACUGUUGAUAUUACCGUUAACCACACCUUCAACGAGAAUCAGAUUGAAUGGUUUAAAGCAGGCAGUGCGUUGAACAGAAUGGCAGAGCAGACUAAAGCAUAA